AUGUCUGGCUCGACAACCUCAAACAACAUCAAUGCAUCUAACUUUCAGCAAGAACCAAGUUGGGGAAGAGUUCUGAUAUGCGGUGGCACCGACUGGCCCAAGCUAGGCAGAAAAGAUCGCGGAGGAGCAAGUAAGAAAGCCCAAGAAGUGAACGUGGGCGGCCCUGACCUUCUGGAGCCCCACAUCCUACGAUCUCUCAGUAACAUUAAGGCUGCAUCCAUCCAUACGUCCUGCGUGGGCUGCCACAUUGUCGUUCUUGACACCGAUGGUGUAGCUUGGCUGUUUGGUCGGAAUGAACGCAGCUCUCUCGGUUUCCCAGGGGUCGAUGCGAUUUCCGAAAACGCACCAAGAAGCUUGACUGCACAGGAUCUGGGGUCUCAGAAGGGCACACGUUUUGUACAUGCUGCUUGUGGGCGGAGCCAUACCUUGUUGGUCGGAAGCGGAGGCCAGCUGUGGACUUCGGGAGCCAAUAAUGCGGGGCAGUGCGCACAUCCUCCCUGCGCGGAGAUAUCCACUUUCAAGCUUGUGAAUGGAAUUAAGCACGGCAAUGUGAAGGAGAAUGUGGUGCAGGCAGCGGCGGGGGUGACGUUUUCUAUCGUCCUCACUCAAAGCGGCAAAGUCUUUUCCUUUGGCUCCGGUGAACAUGGGCAACUAGGCAAUGGGAAGACCGGCGAGCAUAUCGUUACCGCGGGCAAGACCGCGUUUGAUAUUGAGUGGGAACCCCUCCUUGUGAGAGGUCUUGAUGAUAAAGUGAUAGUGCAAAUUGCAUGCGGUCAACAACAUAGUGUUGCUCUUGAUUCGACAGGGUCUGCUGUUCAUGUCGCAAUCGUCUACGUCUGGGGAUAUAAUGGAUAUUGCCGCCUUGGGUUGGGCAAUCAGCAGGACGUGCUCAUUCCGAAGGUGGUUCCACAGUUCGCAGGUCCCAACGAACCGACUAUGGGGGCCGAAAUAAUAGCGGGCCCCUCAAAUACGGUUGUGAUUGAUAAGCAGAGAAUGUAUUGGAUGGCUGGCAAAUGGAAAACCACUGGUGACGGUUCUUCUGGUCAGCCGUACUCAACAUUCCGUUAUUUACAGGAUAUAAUGGGAUGCAAAAUCACGCAUGCUGCCUGCGGAGGAGUCACUCACUGGGCACUUUCACCUGAUGACGACGGCGGUAUUAUGACGAUUGCCUUCGGUCAAGGCGCUGCUAAUGGUGAACUGGGAUUAGGACCUCAUGAAGCAAAAAGUGCUACAAAACCUACCCGCCAUCAGCCUUUGAUUGGAAUUGAUGUACUACAGGUCGCUGCCGCUCAAAAUACCACCUUGUUGUUGGCCCGGCCAAAUGAGAAAUUCUCUGACUUACCUCGGCACCCUGUCGAGAUCGGUGCACCGCAGUUUUGCGUAGUUUGUAGCGCUGAUAACGGGGAGGAUGAUUCGCCUCUCGAAUGUGACAAGUGCGACAAUUCGUACCAUCUCAAAUGCCUGGAUCCCCCGCUUGAUGCAAUACCAGAUGGCGAAUGGUUCUGCCCAGAUUGUGAUCAGGAUCCCGGCGCACCAGUUGGUCCAGAAGCAAUUAAAAAAGCCGCUAAGCGUAAGGCAAAGGACGAUGUCGCUUCGGAAGAGGAACGAGAAACAAAAAAGAAAAGGAAAGCACCUCCGAAGACGAACACCACCGCAACAAAGCGCAAGAAGUAG